AUGGCCAGUGUCCGCAAAUCAAAUGAUGGAAGAAAAAGAGCGAAAACGAUGGAGUAUAUGGAUGAUAAAGUUAUUAUUAAUGAAGACGAUCAAAGUCAAUCCAAUACUCGUAUCGGUCAACACAUUCAUGCACAAUUUGAUAUGUCGAUGUCGAUUCUUGAUGAAGCCGCAGUUGAUGAGUCAGUACUCGAACCAAUCAGUCGACCAAAUCCAUUGAUUUCUACCAAAGUGAAAAAGCAACGAGAUAGCGAACGUUUACAGCUUUCUCGACGAAUGAGUGAUAUUUCCUUCGGUAAUUUCAAUGACACUCUGAAUAAAACAACAACAGAAUUUAAAGGACGUGAUCAUGUCCUACGGGUAAUGAAAACCACAACAAACAGACCAAGUAUGGAGCCGAAAAACUACAAAGUUGUGCAGGAAAUAAUUGCUAAACGACACGAAAAACAAACAACAAAUGCACCGAUAUCAGAAUUUGCAUUAAAUUAUGGUUUGAUGGAUAAUAACGGAAAACAAUCAAAAAGUCGACAAGCAUCAGAAUUUGUCAAUGACAUGAUUCAUCAAUUAGAAGGCUUAAAAUCGACAUUAACUAGACGACGAACAGUCGACUUUAAUAGUUCAUUGUUACGAGUGGUGAAAUUGAAAACUGUAUGUAACCAAUUGCUUUGUUAUUGUCAAUAUGUUAAUGAUCAAGAGGAUGUUGUGCUUUUUCUUGAUCCACACGAUCACCAAUCGAAAAGUUUAGCAAUCAAUGAUCAUCUUCGUAUUUCAGGUGAAUCGAGAUUGGACAUAACUCUAACAGAUUUAGGUUCAGCUACACUAGGUAUCACAGAUAUAAGAAAGGAACCGAUUGUCAGCAAGACCGAAGAACAAAUACCAAUGGAAACGACCCAUACAUACGCAUUCAACUGUCCAUGUCAUAAAAGUGACUCGAAUGAACAUUCCGUUUCAGUAUUUGAUCUUCAAUCCACAUUUCCGAAUGAUAGUGCUCAACAAAAACCGAUUUCCUCCGUCGAACAAGUCUACGAAUCAUUCACAUUGGCUUUAAUGUCUAAACGAAAAUUUGAUCUCUAUGGUACAAUUAUUAUUUGUGAAUCUGAUGAAAAAAAUAACAAAUACAACUUCGUUGUUCGUGAUGGUAUAGGCAACUGUCUUCAAAUAAUAUUUACCGAUAUCCGUGAAGUUUCCAUUGAAAUUCGAACACGAAAAUAUAUCUUUCAUCAAAUUGAGUUUCUUGAACGAAUUGAAUCACCAAAAGAAUCAAAUCGAUGGCCAUAUGAAGAUUAUGUACCGCCUAAAAGACUUUUUUGUUUCAGAUCUCUUGAUAAUCAAGUAUCUAUGCUGUGA